CUAUGCAAUCUAUCUGAGCAAAUACACUUUAUGUAUAUAUAUUUUGGUAUUUCAAAACAGUAAUUCAUCUUAAUCUAACGUACGACUUAUUGUAUAGGGCUCACGGCGGGUGUGACUGGUCAACAGGGGAUGCUGACUCUUCCUGGGCACCUGGUCCCGUAUAUGGGGUCCGUGUUCGCCCGGCCCUACAUUUGCAUUUUUAUUAGUAAAACUUUUUUCAUUUGUUCAGAGGGAACGGGUCGUCCCUAUGAUUUAUUUCAUUAUAUAUAAGGUAUAUAUGAUGUGUCUGUUGCAUAAGUGUGUCUUGACAAAAAAAAUGUCGCAUUUUUUCGCGACAAUGACAGCAUAACCUCUCGUGAAGGUAUAAAUUUCAGAAAAAAAGCUAUAGAGGGAAACUCGAUACUCCCUGUGAAGUUGAAACAAAGAAAGAGAAAAACAAUGGUCUACCCCUCCAGGAGAUCUUGAAUGCCUAUAUAGCAUGUUUUCGUUCCUCUUUAAAUCAUAAUUGUGCCUUCAGCAAGACAGAAGCAAUAUGGUUGUGUCAAAGCCUGUUAGUUGUUCUGUAGUCGGAGAUGGGAUGGUCGGUAAAUCGAGCCUGAUCCAGUCGUUCGUUGGCCAGGUGCCCCCUGACGGAUACAUGGCGACGGUGAUGGAGAAGUACACUGCCGUGGUAUCGGUCUAUGGAGACAAGUACUUGGUCAACAUUACGGAUUUUGGUGGAGAGUACCAAACAGACUUCACGAAGACAACAAAUAGCAGCAGAGAAGUGUUUGUCGUCUGCUACAGUGCAGUAGAUCGGGAGUCGUUCAGAAAUGUAAAAGACUUCUGGAUACCCACCAUACGAAAUAUGAACAAAAGGCAGAACAUUAUUCUUGUGGCCACACAUGUGGACCUCAGACGAGAAGAUGACUCCGGUCACGUGACAUUUGAGGAAGGCUUUGAGUUUUGCAGAGAGGUUGGUGGACACUCUUUUAUUGAGUGUUCUUCGACCGACAAAGUUCGAAUCCAGCAGAUAUUUGAAAGUGUCGUGUCCGCUGUUUUAGUGCAAAAGAAAGGACGAUUCCGUGUUAUAAAAAGAAUUGUCGGACGUUGAGAAAACUUUGAGAGAAAAAGAAAGAGGUUUCGGCCAAGAAACUUACAGAUAUAAGAGCCUUUUCGUGCUGAUAUCUGCAUCUUCAAAACCAGGGUCUACACCUUUUCGGACGGAGACGUGUGCCACUAUUGCUGGGAACGUUUCGCAGAGGUUGAUACGGCAGACGGUGCAACAAACGUAUGGACUUGCAGAACUAUUACAAAGCGAUUGUCAAAUGAUUACAUCAAUGUACUAAAGUCAGUGAAUAAAAAAAUUCAUAAAUUC